AUGACAUUAUUCACAUUAUUGUUGUUCCUGGUUGCUGUAUUGCCCCCAUCCCUUCCUCAAGAUGACUAUGAGAAUAAAAAUUUUGAGGAUUUGGCAACCACUAAAUUGUCAGUCCAAGAAGAGAUUGUAAACAAGCACAACCAACUGAGAAGAAUGGUUUCUCCACCUGGUAGUGACUUACUAAAGAUGCAAUGGAGCAAUGAUGUCAGAGUGAAUGCACAGAGAUGGGCAAGCCAGUGCACUUAUGAACACAGUGCUCUAGAAGCCAGGACCACCAACUUAAUAUGUGGUGAGAAUAUCUUCAUGUCAAGUUACCCAGCAUCAUGGUCUCGUGCAAUCCAAACCUGGUAUGAUGAAGCCAAAGAUUUCAGGUUUAAUUCAGGCCCGAAAUCACCUAAUGCAUUAAUUGGACAUUAUACUCAGGUUGUUUGGAAUACAUCUAACCAAAUUGCAUGUGGAGUUGCUAAGUGCUCUGGGGAAUUAAUGCAAUUCAUAUAUGUUUGUCACUACUGUCCUCUUGGUAAUUUUAUAAGAAGGCAAUACAUACCUUACACAAUAGGACCACCGUGUGCCCUUUGUUCUGAUCACUGUGAUGAUGGACUAUGCAAGCUGAUAAACAUAGGUUUGUACACCAACAAGUUUAAAGGGCAAAAAGGCCUUGUGCACACAGAUAAUAAAUGUGAAUAUGAAGAUAAGUAUUCUAACUCUGCAGAAUUGAAGGCUUCACUAACCUGUGACUAUCCAAUGGUUAAACAAGAGUGCAAAGCUACAUGCAACUGUGAAGGCAAAAUUCAUUAAAUUUCCAGUACAAAUGAACAGGGCCAUGUGAAGAAAGAGCACCUCCUCUACUUAGGCUAGUCACAUUCCACUAGGAAUUAGAGGUAUAGAUACAAUGAAAUGAUUCCACACAGUAAACAUUCCUUUCUUCUGUAUUGUUCUAUUUAGUAAAAAUAUUUUACACCCAAAGAUGUUGAAAUAACAUAAUGAAUAAUACCUUUGUACCUUAACCUCUGAAUGCUGUGACACAUUUAUUGAGUUGAGACAAGCCCAAGGUUAUACUGUUUGUAUGACUAAAGUCACUGAAAAUCCAUCCAGAAAAUAAGAAUCAGGUUCCCAGAGGACAAUGGAGUAAAGAACAGCAUAAACUUCCACUGUAACUGUCAGUCAUCUUUCCUAGCUCUGCCUAGCUAACUAUAUCUGAAAACAAAUUCCCAAUAGCUUUCUUUGAUUUCUUCCCACCAUUUGCUCUUCUUCACAUGCAACGGAAUUAGUGGUUCAAAUUCUAAACUUCAAUUUACAUUUUAGUUUUUGGGUUUUUUAAGCACCUUAUAAAAUUUAACUUAAUGAAUAAAUUUUGCAUG